CGCCGGGCCGGCGGCCGAGCUAAAUCGAAGAGCCCCACACUUUUAGGGUGACACGUGACGGGGUUUAUUUUUCGGAACUUAGGGUUGGGUUCAAAUCACGCUCGUCAAUUUUUACAGCAGUGUUUCUUGCAUUCGUGAUGGUUUAGGGAAAGGUCCUACCAAAUAGAAAGUGUUGCUGAGAUGACUGUCCCUGGGAAGAAAGCCAGGGAUCUGGUGGAACUGUAUCGGGUCAGUUUGGAGCACCGAAUUGAGCAGGGUGACUGGAACCUAGUAUGCAGAGAUGAGGAACUGUUUAAGGAGGUAGAGGGACUGCUGAGGGGUGGCUGUGCCCAGGACACACACUCCUUGGGACUGGACCCCCUCAGUGUAAUGGAGGACUCGCUUCAGACAGCACAAGGAGUCAGAUUGAAGGGGCUGGCUAGAGCCUUUGAAGUGCUGGAACUGGCAGCCCUCAACCUGUACUUGUGUCCCUGGAGAAAGGAAUAUAGAGUGGUAAAGAUGUUCUCAGGCAUGUUCACACAUUACAUCAAGCCGGCGCUGUCCAUGCAGCAGGUGGCCGAUCUGUUUGGGUUGCUUGGAUACCAGGCUUCAGAGGCCAGACUAUGUGAAGAGCUUAGGCUUCGUUCCCCAGGCCUACCAGUGGACACUCUUCUCCGCCUGUCCUGUGCUUUCUUUGCUGCACGUUGUGAGUGUCGCCUACUGCUGUCUGCCAUAGGACCCCAGGCCAGAGGGGUGGAGUGGGAGCUCAACCUGGUACAGGAGAGGCAGAAAGGUCACAGCCUGCAGAUAGCACUGGACAACAGCAAGAUAAGGUUGAAGACUUUACCACAGGAAGAGGAUUUUCUGAAGUUGUCUACUAUAGAGGCAGACUUGGAUCUGUACACAGCUGAUGAGUUUAAUGGGCAUAAAGAAGUUGGGUUUGUCAGAGAUCCUCUCUAUUCACAAAGAUGGGUGUACCACAGUAACGCGAGAGGGCCUUCCUCUCAAAGAGAGAAUAUCUGUGUCUCCUCACUGACAUACAAGUUGACUAGGACCCCCUCAUUAGCACCAACAAACACCGCAACCCACAAGCAAAGGGAAAGUCCAAAUAAAGAGUUGGCCAUGUCAGGGUCAGAUAAGGUGGAUUCACACUCGCUGUCUGCAAAAGCAUCAGGGAAUGCUGUGUCUCCAGGGGGCAGUUGGAUCUGCAACUGUAGCAAUUCCUACUCUAGUCUUUGCAUAUAUGUCCAUCAUUGCAAGAAUUGCAAUACCUUACAUAGCUCGAACUGCCACAUAGUGGAGAGGUGCGAAGACGAGGGGCAUGAAGUAAAACAUAUUGACGGUGAUGAAGUCCUACAGGAGCAGAGAGAGAGUAGUGGAUUAUCACCACGGCUAGGAAGUCCUGGAGCGGGAGGUGUGCCACUCUACGAGGAUAAGAGAGAGUCCUGCCCUCCACUUGAUGUCAUUGAAGCAAGAAGCCUUACCCCUCAGCCCAUUCCUUUUCAUGAAUGUUGCGACACUGCCAAUCCAGACCCUGAGGUUACCUGCCUCACCUGCAGGGUCUUCCACACUAGCGCCUGUAAAAUGUUGGAGAUGUGCCAGAGAAAGCAUGAGAUGCUCAUGUUGGGUGUCUGCUCAAGUGGGUUGUCGUGCACAAGGCCCCCUUUCAAACUAUGCAGGUACUGCAGUGUUGAGUAUUGUAAAGACUGUUGGUAUAGAACACCACUUGAAUGUGUUUGUGGCCACCCCUUUGACGAGUCCUCCGAAGUUUGAAUUUAAGAACCAUUUUAAAGGCACUUGAUGGAAUUGGGGAAAAGCACUGAUAAAAUAAAAUGCCUGAAAGGCUCCUUAGAAUCAAUAUUCCUCCAUAAAUAUCCAAUCACUUACACGUUGCCUUAAAUUAACAAUACUCUUAACUUGUAAUAAGAAUUUAUAAAUUAGCUUUAUCCCACCCAGGGAUUAAAAGUGAACUGCCAAACUCUUCUAUAUUUUUCUACUUUAGUCUCUCAGUAGGACCUUAAAUUGCCCUGAAAGUGGUGUUGUUUUUCAUGAUAAUUCGUCCAGUGUCAUUGACCGUUGGGAUCUGGAGCCUUAUACUUAUGUUAGACGUCUAAAGCAAGUGAUGCAUGUUGCAGCUCAAGAAUUGAGAUAAUACUGCCAAAUGUGGGUUGAGGUUAAGUUGCUUGUUUUCAUUAUUUGUUCUGUUGUUAGAAAGAUAUUUGAAUAAAAAUGGGAUUUAAAAUGGGAA